ACACUUCUCAACAGUUAACUGAACAUUCGACAUGUCCAUUAGCCUCUCUGAAUUCUACCAAUCCUCACUGACUUUCUGGAGCCAUCUGAUCCAUAUACUGCUGCAGUUCAUCCAGACCAACUGCUGGAAUCACAUCACACAGAAGGAGCAGCAGCAAGAGGAACUCAACGAACCCUGUGCCAUCUCAAAAACCAUGGACGCCUUCGUGGAGGAGCAGCAAAAGCGGGUGCAACGAAAAUCCCACGAGUACGCCAAAGUGGAGCUACUGCAUCGCCUGCUUGUCCAGCAGCAACUGCAGGAACUGGAGCAGCGCCGACUCAUCCGAUUGGCUCUGGCCAGGAGGCGACUGGACUACUCCAAUUAGACUAGCCGUGCAAUUAGCUCAUAAUUUAUUUAGAUUUAUAAUUUACGCUUAGAUUAUGCCCAAGUAUUCGCAAUUUUUAAGUGGCCACAUAAUUAAGUGCCAACGAGGCAAGUGCAAAUAAAAAAUGCAGAGAGUGCGGAAAUU